GUGUGUGUGUGCGUGUGCCCGCCCUUGCGUACGUGCGCGUGUGUGUGUGUGUUUGGUUUCCUGUCUCUUCCUGGUUCCGUUGCUGUGUUGUUGUCUCAGACCUGAGUCUUUUUUUUGUGUUUCUUUCCUGAGUUUAGACCGUGAGGACGUCGCCAUGUUGAGGAACUAGCAGCCGGACCUUUCGACCACUAACUAACUUAGUUAGUGUUAGCUAACCUCGGUCAGUUAGCCACCUGCUAGCUGUCGGUAUUAUUACAGGUAUGUUUGUGUCCUGCAGUAACUGGCUGUGUGUGCAGUAUUUAACCCUUGUUACAGUGUGUAUUUGUGUGUAUUCCAGGUAUGUUUGUGUCCUGCAGUAACUGGCUGUGUGUGCAGUAUUUAACCCUUGUUACAGUGUGUAUUUGUGUGUAUUCCAGGUAUGUUUGUGUCCUGCAGUAACUGGCUGUGUGUGCAGUAUUUAACCCUUGUUACAGUGUGUAUUUGUGUGUAUUCCAGGUAUGUUUGCGUCCUGUUGUAACUGGCUGUGUGUGCAGUAUUUAAUACUUGUUACAGUGUGUAUUUGUGUGUAUUCCAGGUAUGUUUGUGUCCUGCUGUAACUGGCUGUGUGUGCAGUAUUUAACCCUUGUUACAGUGUGUAUUUGUGUGUAUUCCAGGUAUGUUUGUGUCCUGCAGUAACUGGCUGUGUGUGCAGUAUUUAACCCUUGUUACAGUGUGUAUUUGUGUGUAUUCCAGGUAUGUUUGUGUCCUGCAGUAACUGGCUGUGUGUGCAGUAUUUAACCCUUGUUACAGUGUGUAUUUGUGUGUAUUCCAGGUAUGUUUGCGUCCUGUUGUAACUGGCUGUGUGUGCAGUAUUUAAUACUUGUUACAGUGUGUAUUUGUGUGUAUUCCAGGUAUGUUUGCGUCCUGCUGUAACUGGCUGUGCAUGGACUCAGGUGAGGGUGUGGGACAGUCUGCAGCGGAGAGACGCCAUCAGUCCUACACCAACUCAGGCUUCAACAGCCAGCCGUCUCCGUCGGGGUCUCCGUCUGAACCGUCCUGUAAGGCGUGCGGGGGGCGCCUGGACACACCGGCCACCAAGCAUGUGUGUGUGGACUGUAAGAAGGAUUACUGCAGCCGUUGCUCCGCCCAGCUGGAGCCGCGCCCCCGGCUCUGUCACACCUGCCAGCGUUUCUACGGCAACCUGCUGGAGCGCGCCGAGCUGAUGAAGCUGAAGGUGAAGGAGCUCCGGGACUACCUGCACCUGCACGAGGUCUCCACACACCUGUGUAGAGAGAAGGAGGAGUUGGUGGAGCUGGUCCUGGGUCAGCAGUCUUCUCCGUCCAGUGACUCCACCCCCGAGACCCUGACCCCCCCGGACCCCCCCGCUGUGACCCCUCGCAUCUUCACCUUGACCCCUGAACCCCCCGCCCCCACCCCUGACCCCCCCGCCCCACCCCCAGACCCCCCCGCCGCCCAGCCUGAAGCCCCGCCCACAGAGACCCUAACCCAGCCCGACGAUCAGGACGAAGACCAGGUGUCUGACCCUGAGGACGCCCCUGUGUCGGGCCGCCGGGCGUCUCUGUCGGACCUGAGCAGUCUGGAGGACAUCGAGGCGCUGAGCGUGCGCCAGCUGAAGGAGAUCCUGGCCAGGAACUUUGUCAACUAUAAAGGCUGCUGUGAGAAGUGGGAGCUGAUGGAGAGAGUGAGACGGCUGUACCAGGACCAGCAGAACCUGAGGGCGGCCAACGCUGUGAAUGCUGCAGAGUCCGGCGGCGAUGGUUCUGCAGCUGUGGAGGAGAACCUGUGUAAGAUCUGCAUGGAUUCCCCCAUCGACUGCGUCCUGCUGGAGUGCGGUCACAUGAUCACCUGCACCAAGUGCGGCAAGAGGAUGAGCGAGUGUCCCAUCUGCCGCCAGUACGUGGUCCGAGCCGUCCACGUCUUCCGGUCCUGAACCCAGGGCCACCACAGACCUCCUGAAGGGACCUUCCUGGACAGAGAUGCUUUUAUUUUGGUAACCCUAUUUUUCUAGUGUAAAUAAGAAGAAGAAUGUAAGAAGUGACCUUAUGUGAAGCUGCUGCUUGAACACUGAAUGUACAGCAGCUGAGUCACGCCUCUGAUUGGCCAACUUUAACCUUUAAACUCAUGGAGCAGGAACCCGUCUGUGCCUUCAUCCGCUCGCUGCUCGCCGCUCGCCGCUGCCUCCGUCUGUCCCGCUCUGCGUGAAGACCUUCUACCAAAGAAGACAUCCCGACGAAGGUCCAACAUCAGUCGUCUUUACAGUAACUUCCUGUGAAACACAGACUCUCUUACGUCCGCCUAUACUUUGUUUACAGUCUGCGGUGAGUUCACACUU